AUGACAUUUGACAACCAUUCAGUUAUAACCAAUAUUGAAUCAUGGUUUAUUCCUUUUGAUAUUCUUAUGAUCGUAUGUACUGUCUUGGCCAUUGUUUUAGCAUUAAUUUUUCUAUUGACCAUUAUUCUUGAUAAAACAUGUCACACAGUACCAAUGAUGCUUCUAGCAAAUUCAUGCUUAGCUGAAUUCAUAUUUGGAAGUGAUAUGCUUAGCAUGGUUUUAUUCACAUAUCAAAAUGAUCUUCAUCAACUUCAAUAUCAAGAUUCACUUUGUAUCUUUCGAGGCUUUUUAGGCUAUGUAGUAACUAUCUUACAAAAUUAUUCUUAUUUACUACAAGCUAUCUAUCGAUAUAUCACUGUUGUUUAUCCAAAUCGUUUAUUUUGGCAAUCAGUGCGAUUUCAAGUUUGUCUUAUUCUUGCGAUAUGGAUUUUUGGCUUUGUAUGUCCUUUACCAUAUGUAUUGAAUCAUGAAAUCGAAUAUAAUAUCGAUAAUCAAAUAUGUCAAAUGUCUCUUAAACUAUCUUUUUUAACAGUUUAUAAUGUAUUAUGUGUUUAUAUGGUUCCUGUCUCAUUAAUUAUGUUAGUAUAUUUCAAAUUAGUUCGAUAUGUUCAAGAUAUGAGUAAAAAUGUUACACCAGCUAAUACAUUAUGCCGAGCACAAAAAGAAUUAAAAAUGGUUCGUAGAAUAGUGAUUCUUGUCAUGGGUAUUGUUACGAUUGGUUUUCCUUAUGCAUUGUUUGUUUUUAUAUCAUUUUUCACCGCACCACCAAAAUACCAUUUUCGAAUUGCAUACAUAUUUGUUGAUACAUCACUUACAUUUGUAAUGAUUGCUCUAUUUCAAUUUACAGAACCAUUGAAAAUAUCUAUAAUAAAAAGGAUAACUAGGCAAACAAAUAUCGUAAUACCAACAAUAAUGUAA